AUGGUUGUCGUUGCGGUUGCUGGUGGUACUGAUGCAGUGGGUCGCAGUAUUGUCGAAUCGUUGAUGGCUCAGGGGAAGCAUGAAGUCCUAAUUCUAAGCCGCACAGCCAACCCUAUGAAAGAAAAAGAAACCGGUGCUCGUCUUGUUGCUGUGGAUUAUGAGGAAGUCGCAGCACUCACGAAGAUCCUCGAGGAUAACAAUGCCCAUACUAUUAUCUCUACUUUGGCUAUGAUGCCUAACGACGCUGGGUCUUUGGAGCAGAAUCUGAUCCAGGCGGCUAAUACUUCUAAAAUGACCAAGAGAUUCGUUCCUAGCGAAUUUGGGUUCCCUCAGCGGGCCGAAGAUGGGCACAUUUUCCCUACCAUCCCCAUGAAGCAAGCUUCAAGAAGUGCUCUCGAAGCGAGUAGCCUGGAGUGGACUGUAGUGUACAAUGGCUACUUCAUGGACUACUUUGGGAUGCCCCAGCUUGCGUCUCGCUUAGCACCUUAUGUCGUACUUCUAGACAUUCCAGGAAAUGCAGCUGCUAUUCCAGGUGAUGGUAACAAGCUCGUCACCUUCACACAUACCUCAGACGUGGGCAGAUUCGUUACUGCUCUCAUAGAUUUUGAAGAGUGGGACCGUGUUAGUUUCAUCAUUGGCGACAAGAUGACACUGAACGAAGCCGUCAAACUAGCUGAAGUGGCGAAGGGUUCUAAAUUUAAGGUCGAUUAUGAUGAUCUUGACAAGUUGAAAAGGGGAGAGGUAACCGAAUUGCCUUCUCAAAUAUCAAGCUACUCUGUUAUUCCCAGAGAAUUUGUUCAAGCUAUCAACAGUGCGUUUGGAAUCUGGGUUGACCGCGGAGACUUUGAUUUCGACGAGAAGACGAGCCUGAACACAAAUUUUCCAGAUAUCAAGCCGAUGAAGCUUAAAGAGCUGCUUGAAAAGGCGUGGAAAAACUAG